CACUGCCGCGCGCCCAAUGGUGCCCGAGUCUUACAUCUUGCCCGUGUUCUUGGUUCGUGACCAUCUUAGAGGGCGUUUGAUUUCGCGUUUACUCCACAAACCCACAGUUUGCAAGUGUGUAGACGCAUACUGCGUACACACUUCAGUUUGUUGAGUUUGUUUACCCUGUGCAGCGAACCAACCAUGCAAACUCGAUCACCUACGUCAAGCGAUGUCUCUCCAUGUGUCCCUCGCGCACACGCUGCAAGCGACAGGGACGUUUUUGGCGGUCACGGUUUAUUCGACGACCUCAGGCCCAUUGGCAUCGCUUCGGCGCUGUGCGGUCUACUUCCAGUGAGGCUGGGGCCAAUGCGCUUCAGCUUCCACCCGCUGAAGUCUUCGCUGCUGUACGCCGUUCUGGUGACGCUGGUGGUUUACUGGUCCACUUGGCGUCUCGUCACCGACCGUAUGCACGUGUUCACGCAACGGCGCAUGUCGCUGGUCACGAGGUUCACCAGCGUUGUGUCAUUCGGCUCCGUUUCGGGCAUCGCCCUGCUGCCCCUCCUGUGGCUCGAGACGCAGUACCUUCGGCAGGACCAGCAUCCCUGUCGGCAUCUCAUGAUCGAGUUGGGUGCUUCAUUUCGUGCCUCGGGAUCGAGCGCGGCGAGAACAGUGGUGCAAGGCGCGUUGCUGUGCCUUGGGGUCUUCCUGCCGAGUAGCGUUGUGCUGUGGCUGGCAGUGCUGGCAUCGGAAGGCGCGUCCUGGACACAUUGGUUCGCCCACAUGCAUGUUCUGGCCAUGCCCCUGCUACAGUGUGCGAACGUGGCGGGCAGCGCGUUUUGCGUUAAACGCCUGGCCGAUGUCCUUCAGGCUUCCCUGGUGCAGGAGUUGCGUGCUCCGUGGGUAGACCCUCGCCGUAUCCGUGCCCACCGCAUCGCGUGGCUGCACCUCCGCGACGUGGUGCAGAAUCUCGUCCGAGCGCCACUCACCGUCCUGGCCAUGGUGCUGCACAUGAUCCUCAUGAGCACUCUAGCCUCGUACCAGGCGCUCGUCUGCGUCAUGGCGGGACAGAUGCCCCUGGGGAUGCUGCUGCUCCUGCUCGGCUCGCACUACUACCUGCUGCUGCUCCUUCUCUGCGACGCUGUGCACCGCGUGUCAGAUGCGGUCGGCCGGGAAUUUCGGCACCCUCUAGAAACGUUCGGAGGCGUCUCAGUUUCUCAGCGUGCUCAGUCUGAGAUAAGACUGUUUCGAAAAACAGUUUCUUCGUCACGUCUGGAAGUAUCAGCAGCUGGGUAUUGGCACGCCAGUAGGCACGCCAUCACUUCGGUUAUGUCAGCCACGGUGGCUUACGUCAUUGUGCUCGUGCAGUUUCGACAUCCCGAACGCCAACCCGUCAUUCAAAUUACCAACGCCACCCACUUGUUGCUCAUUCGUUGACUGCCAUCACCCAAGCGAUGCGAUUGUCCUUCAUUUGACACCAAUUCAUUUCAUGCAAACAAUAAAUUUUUUUGCUGGAUUUUCAUAUUUUUGUGAGUUUCACCUUUGUAUUCGGUGACAGUCAUCUUAGUUCAGCGUUGGCCCAUGAAACUGGUCGUCAAGGUGCGUGUUUGUGAUGCUGCGGAAAGGAGCAGCAAGCUAGGGAAUGUUUUUACUCUCUGGACGGGCACCAAAUCCAUUUCAUCCU